GGACCCGUUGCACAGAACGUCAAGGCAGAGGGCGCAAAGACCCGCGAUGAGUUCGCCGAUCUUGCAAACUCAAAGACCAUUCCCGAUCAAAAGACGGCGACUGGUCAGAACCUCACGCACUACCACAGCAUGUUCUACCGCCUCCUGAGCUGGAAGAACCCCCGCGCUACCGGCAUCGCCUUUGCUAGUACCGUUGCCUUCAUCUUCGCCGCCCGCUACCUGAACCUGAUCCGCUACAUCUUCAAGACUUCAUACUUGGUUCUUGGUGCUACUGCUACUGCCGAGAUCGCGGGGCAGCUGACCAUCGGACGUGGCCUCACCUCUCAGUUUAGGCCACGACAGUACUUCACGAUUCCAAAGGCCUCGCUCGAGCGCCUGACGGAUGAUUUCGAGCAACUCAUCAACUUCUUCGUCAUCGAGUCCCAGCGUAUCGUUUUCGCCGAGAACGUCUACGUCACCGUUGCUGCCUUUUUUGCGUCCCUCAUUUCAUACUUCCUGAUCAAGUGGGUUCCUCUCUGGGGCUUGGGUUUGAUCGCGACGCACAUUGCCUUCCUCGGUCCCCUCAUCUACAUCAAGAACAAGGACGUCAUCGACGCUCAGUUGGAGAAGGGCUACACCAUUGCCAACCAGCAGGCCCAGCAAGUCAAGGGCCUCGCCAACCAGCAUGCUGGAAACGCCAUGAAGACUGUCCAGGGCUACACACAGCAGGCUACCGCCAAGGCUCAAGAGACUGUCAACCAGUACCGUGGACGUUCCACUUCGCCAGAGGUCAAGAAGCAGACUCUACCCAGUGUCCCCAAGCACGAGCCCAUUGCCGAGUCAUCUUCUGAGGAGGAAGACGAGGAUGAGCCAGUUGCACAGGCUGCCAAGUAA